AUAAGCAAGAGGAUGUACAUCCACUAGGAGCACCACCAUCACCGACACCAUCAGCAUCCAACGAGCCGGGCUGAAGCUUGCAUCGCCGGGGCUCGCAGGCUGACGGUGGGCCGCAGCACAGAGGAUCAGCUCUGGAGGAGGAGAGGAAGAGGGGGAACUGCUGGAGCACUGGAUGCUGGAGGAUGAUGAGGAUGAUGAUGCUAUCCAGGACCUGAUGUUCCCCUGCACGCCCCGCUGAUACACAGGGACUGUCGGACUGGUGGUGGUGAGGAUUAUCCGGGAGGCUGGGAGACAGGGAGGGGGAGGCAGAGACAAGCUUCAUCCGGACACAGAGAGGACCGACUCACAACGAGGAACAGUAAGAACAGAGAAGAAAAGAGCCAAAUUAAAACCUGGAGUGGGAGUUUGCAGUUGGAUAUUUUUUGUUUAUUCAGCUCUAUUUUUAAAGGAUGCUGGUCUACAGGGAAGGAAGUCAGUUCCAGAAACGCCUGCAGAUCCAUCAGUGACUGGAGUUGCAUAACAAGACUGGCUGAUUCCCAAUCAUUUGUCUGUAGGAAGUGUCCCACCAUCUCCGUUCUGUGCUGUGUUUCUGUGCUGCUUUCGAGGGCAGCUGGGAUUACUGAGGCCCGCUCGUUGGUUCCGGUGUGUGUGUGGGGUGGGGGGGUAGGACCAUAGUGGACGCCUGCUAGUCUUGGUCUGACUCCUUGGAGAGAAGAUGUCGGGUCAGACGCUGACGGACCGCAUCGCCGCGGCGCAGUACAGCCUGACGGGAUCGGAGGUGGCCCGGGUAGUCUGUAAAGCCACCACACAUGAACAGACGGCUCCGAAGAAGAAACACCUGGAAUUCCUGAUCCAGGCCACCCAGGAGACCAAUGUGAACAUCCCCCAGAUGGCCGACACGCUGAUGGAGAGGGCCGGCAACGCCAGCUGGGUGGUGGUUUUCAAAGCCCUGAUCACCACGCAGCACCUCAUGGUGUCUGGCAACGAGAGAUUUGUGCAGUUCCUGGCAUCUAGAAACACCUUGUUCAACCUCAGCAACUUCCUGGACAAAACUGGCUCCCAUGGCUAUGACAUGUCUACGUUCAUCAGGCGCUACAGCCGCUAUCUCAACGAGAAGGCCUUCGCCUACAGACAGAUGGCUUUCGACUUUGGCCGAGUGAAGAAAGGAGCCGAGGGAGUGAUGAGGACCAUGUCAGUAGAGAAGCUGCUGAAAGGGAUGCCCACCCUGCAGAGCCAGAUCGACGCACUGCUGGAUUUUGAAGUGCAUGCACAGGAACUGAACAAUGGGGUGAUAAAUGCCUGCUUCCUCCUGCUCUUCAGAGAUCUCAUCAAGUUAUACGCCUGCUACAAUGACGGCAUCAUUAACCUGCUAGAAAAGUUUUUCCAGAUGAAGAGGAGCCAGUGUAAAGACGGGCUGGAGAUCUACAAAAGAUUCCUGACACGAAUGACUCGGGUUUCAGAAUUCUUCAAAAUUGCUGAGCAAGUGGGAAUAGACAAGAAUGACAUACCUGAACUCACUCAGGCCCCAGAAAGUCUUCUGGAGUCCCUGGAGACCCACCUCAACACACUGGAGGGGAAGAAGCCAGAGGAUAAGUCGCCCACUAAGGAUGCGACAGCCAACAACAGCUCGCCGGCUGCUGCUGCUGCUGCUGCUGCUGCUCCUGCUCCUGCUCCUGCUCCUGCUGUUGCUCCGGCCAGGCGUGCGCCUCCCACUCCUGGUGGGCCCCCUGCUCGCCCCGGGCCACCUGCCAAACCUCCUCCGCCCACUAUCACCCCCACCGCACCGGCCCCCGCCGCUGCCAGCAAUGCUCUUGAUGACGGGUUCUUGUUGGAUCUGGACCCGAUGGCCUCCUCAUCAGCAAAGGGCACUGCAGCGAUUUCCUCCAUGACUGGAUGGGGAGAUCUCUUGGCUGAGGCAACUCCGGCUGCCACUGAUGAAGCCUCUGAAGCUCUCCUAGCGGAGGGAGAGUCUGAUGCCGCUGAUGAUGCAGCAGCGGCUGCCGCCCCUGCAGCUCCCGCGCCCAAAGCUGCUGCCGCUACUGCUACCACCACUGUUGCUGCAGCCGCUCCAAUGCCCGCCUCGCUGCCCGUCAAAGCUCCUGCCUCAGCCGCAGACAUGGACCUUUUCGGAGAUGCGUUUGCACCUUCCCCAGGAGACGGUCCUGCUGCCGCGGCCGCGGGCCCCGCUGCUGACGCGUUUGGUGGAUCUGACCCCUUCGCUACGACGGAGGGGAGUGGGGACAUGGCUCCAGGGCUGGACCUGUUCGCUAUGAUGCCCACCGACACGGGGGCCGCCGCCGCCACCGCCAACCCUCCCACCUCUAGUGAGGCGCCGACCAUCGUCGCCCCCAUCGUCGCCCCCAUCGUCGCCCCCAUCGCUGCCCCCGCUGCCCCCACCCCUUCUUCCACCACCACCACUACCACCACCACCACAACCACCACCGACACCACCACCACAGAGUCUGCAGCCGCUCCGACUCUAGAUAUCUUUGGUGAUAUGUUUGAUUCUAUGCCUGAGCAAAGCCCUACCACAGAAUCCAAAGCUGCUACCACUCCUAGCGUAGACCUUUUUGGUGCAGACCUUCCUGCUGUCUCACGCGGGCCCUCUCCUUUGCCCGAGCCGGCUCCGGUUGGAGACAUCGUGAUCGACUCAUUUGCAUCUCCAGCUCCUGCUGCUGCUGCUGCUGCUCCGGUUGUUGCUCCUGCUGCUGCUGCUGCUCCGGUCGCUGCUGCUCCUGCUGCUGCAGCUCCCGCCCCAGAAGCCUCCUCUCCACCCAAAGCUGAGCCAGCACCUGUCAUUGACCUGCUCGACACCUUCAGCAGUCCUGUGGAGGAGACUCAGAGCUCUGCUCCCGGAGGGCCUGGAGACGAUCUGCUGGGAGGCCUGAUGUCCCCCACCCUGGCUCCCACUGCAGCCCUGGCUCUAGCUCCAGCCUUGGCUCCGGCUCCGGCCGUGGCUCCGGUGCAGAACGACCUCCUGGACUCGGGCUUUGACGCUCUGGGCUCCCUUACCUCUCCGCCACCGACUGUACAUGCUGCAGCACCAAUAGUACCAGCUGUACUAGAUCCUGUAACCAUCACGCCGGCGCCCUCUGGUGGCUUUGAUGCUUCAAUGUUUGAUGGAUUAGGCGACUUGCUGAUGCCCGCCAUAACGCCUCAGAGCACCGGGGGAAGCACUGCUGGAAGCACAGCAGGAAGCAUGGGAACUCCCGUCGCAGCGGGAGGCAUUUCAGCCGCUUCCACUACCAAAACUGUCGGAGGGGACCUGGACACGUCACUGGCCAACCUGAUUGGAGAUCUCGGAGUAAAGAAAAAGGACCCACAGACUGAGAAGAAGCUGACAGGAGGUGCCAACUGGAUGCCACAUGUAGCUCCCACAAGCUGGGCUACACCAGGAGCCCCCAUGUCUGGUGCCGCCCCUGGAGCUCCUGGGGCACCGGUAGCAGCCAUGGUGCCACCAAUGAGCAAACAGCCUGGCUUUGGCAUGCCUCCUGCAGGAGGGCCUGGAGCCCCCAUGAUGCCCAUGAUGGGGCAGCCUAUGAUGGGACAGCCCAUGAUGAGACCUGCCUACACUGGGGUGGCUGGAGCUGCACCCGGAGCCGCUGCACCAGGAGCACCGAUUUCUCCAGGACCUGCAAGCCAGAGCCCCAAGAAGCCCAAGGACCCUUUGGCAGAACUUGACCUCAAAGACUUCUUAUAACGCCCCAGCUGCUUUCUUCUUCUGGAGCAGGGCCCUUCUCACCUUUUACCUGGUGUCUGUCAACAUCUCAGGAUGUUCAACUACUAUAAGAGCCUCUUAUCUCCGCCCAUCAACACCCCGCCCUUCUCCUGCGUGAUGUCGUAGCACAAACUGUGAAAGUGACCCAUAGUGGAUUAUAUAUAUAAAUAUAUAUGAGAAGAAAAAAAA